AUGUCUUCAGAAGCCCCGUUGGACACAGAGCUCAGCAGAAGAAGCCUCAAGAAGCAAUGCUCGUUCACCAUCGAGAACAUUCUCUCCAGCCCAACAGAGAGAAGUCCCCAGGUUCUGGUCCCGUUCUGUCUCCAGGGGAUCCUGGACUGUGAGCCCAAGGGGCUGUGUGGGCCGGAGGCCAUCGCUGCUGGCUCUCUGCAGGAGGAGGAGGAGGAAGAAGAACUGGAAGCGGCUGGGUGCAGCUGCUGUUGCUGUUCUCAUGCAAGCACCCGUUCCCUGCAGGAUUCUUCAAAUUGGCUAGACACCAGGUUCCCCUGGCCCAUGAGGCUAAUUCAUCCCACUGCCAGGGCAUGUAAGAAUCUUCGUGGGAGCCAGAAUGAGCUGCAGACCUUCCAUCAGAUCCAAAGGCGGACCCGCCGGCACCGGACCAUCUUCACUGAAGAUCAGCUACAGGCCCUGGAGGCCCUUUUCAACCAGAACCAGUACCCAGAUGUCAUCACCAGAGAGCACCUGGCCAACCGCAUCCACUUGAAGGAGGAGAGAGUAGAGGUUUGGUUUAAAAAUCGACGGGCCAAGUGGAGGCAUCAGAAAAGAGCUUCUACUUCGGCUCUGCUCCUUCAAGGCACCAAGAAACCCUCAGAGGAGAACUGCUAAGGGACUGACACUAAGUCUCACUGGGCUACUGUGAAAAGCAUCCAUUGCCCUGUUCCACUGGUUUCACAGCCAGGUGGGACAGAUGGAAGAGGAGGGGGGCUGGAGAGGGAAAGCAGUGAGGGAAUCUUCUGAUUCGAUGAGGUAAAGGGCAGGUAAAGGUAGGUGCUGUAUUUUCAAGUCCUUAGCUUUUUCAUCCGAACAAAGUUCAUCUCAUGACAAAUAAAACAAAUGAGUCAUAGGGCACGUAAGCCGAAAAGUUGCCAAAUGCUGAAGGCGGGGAUAGAGCUUGCUUCAAUGUUAGUAUUGUAGUUGCAUAUGUGGAUGAUGGAGAAGGAUUUCUCUCAACUUGUCUUUGUUCCUGUACAGAUCGCGUUGUGCCUGUUUUGUUGUUAUAUAGUAGAUUCGGAGACUAUUCCGGAAAAUGGCCUGGGUUUAUAUUGUUUUUACAGUGUCAUGGUGGUGUCUACAGUUGCAUUUUGGGGUCAAGGUAGAAACUGACGAAUUACACAGCUCAUUCCUUAAACAAACUAACAGGCUUUAUUUGCAUUCUUCAAAAUAAAUUCAUUCAUGUACGGAGUAGGGGGCAUCAAAGUACUCAUAGUACUUUCAGACUAACGUCUUCAACUAACCUGUGCUAACGCAUGGCUGGGGUACAGUUGGUUGUUAGUGCAGACAAAGCCAUUUGUAUACUUCGCAAUCUUCUCUUUCCAUGCCCGACCACUCUGUAGCUGCUCUGGUCACAAUGUGGGUUGGGUGCCUGGAAUGGGGCAACAGCAGUUGCCAACCCCAAACAAAAGGGCAAAAGAGAAAUGAAAACUAAACUGUAGCACUGCAGAGGAAAAGCAGCACCCGCUGCUAUGGGUAUCCACUAGAGUUUGUACUGAUAGAAGGCUGUAUUUCACCAGAGAAGCUGGUUGUUUCCUUUUUGUGUGUGUUUCACUCAGCUGGAUAAUUCAGCUAGAUCUGUCAGUUUCCCAUUCUGGUUCUCAUGCACUAGGACCUUGCUUUCGGGUCUAGAGUGGUGUGUUGGGCUUCACAACAGCACAGAGGAAAGCUUCAGCCCCAGAACUGUCUAUGUGGUGCAAAAUCUGCCCCACCUGCUGUGUAAACGCUAAGGAUGAUAACUGUGUGCAGGGUUGUAGCCAUGGCAGUCCUAGGACAUUAAAGAGACAAGGUGGGUGAGGUAAUAUCUUUUAUUGGAUCAACUUCUGUUGGUGAGAGCUUGUCUCCCAAGAUAUUACCUCACCUACCUAAGGAUGAUAAUUGGCAACGUCCUACAAGGCUAGCCAGCUUUUGAAGAAUCAUUCCUGAUUUCCAUCUCCAUUCUAUGUUUUAUUCCUUGCAGACAGAUUCCCUUUUGUCUUCAGACUUGGAUCCCUCCAUGAUAAUUGUGGGUAAUGGGGUGUGUAUGUGCAGUAAAUGCUGCUGGAGUUCUUUUCAAGCUGUCUGUAAAAUAAAAGAUUCAUAAAUAAAUGUAUUGGGGAGAAGGCUGGUACUGGGAUUGGAGCCCUGGCAUUGAGCUUGCCAAACAUGAUGCUCCUGACAAAAGAAGUAACUUUAAAUUGGUUAGUCUCUAAGGUGCCACAAGUACUCCUUUUCUUUUUGCAAAUACAGACUAACACGGCUGCUAUUCUGAAAUAAGUCCACAAAGAUUCUAUCACUGUAAAUAACACUUUGCACUCCACAGCACCUUUGCCUUCCUUCUGUGCUGCAGGGCUCACACCAAGAGCCACACACUAGUGUAGAAUUUUCAACACAAGGAUAUUGAGUUAAGCCUGAGUGAUGCCAUUUUCUGGUGGAGAACUUGCUCUACCGGGGAACUGCAGCUGAAGAGCGCAGCCCUGAAAGUUGGGAGCGCUGGCCAGGGUGUGGGGCACGGCUAGGGGAUAACAUAUCCAGGGUUUGAAUGCUGGGAAUUGUCAUCUUGUUUCAGGAUAGGACACACAUACAGGCAAAAUAAUACUAAUCUAUUUCCCCCAAGCAAACUACCUGAAAAACUUGAAUUGAACAUUAACGGAAUAUCCAUCUUUUCAAAGAUAUAUAGAGGCUUGGCAGGAUUGGAUUAUCAGUAAAUGUCUAUGGCACCGAACACAUACAAACCACUGAAAAAAUAUUUCCAUUGAUAAUAAUCAAAAUUCACUGAUGGGUAAAGUGAAUGAAAAUGCUGCUUGAGAACUUAAGUUUAAUUUAAGAAUAUUUACUUUGUAUAUUUUGACAUGUGAUCUGGACAAUUUGUGUUUUAACGGUUGUAAAGUUUUAACUUUGUAUAUCUCAGUGUCUACUGUCAAUAAAUAAUGA